CGUGUUUCUCGAUUCUACUGUGUUUUAUUUUUCUAAUAUAAUUUUUUGGACCAAUUUAUUUCUAUUUUAAGCACUUUAAGUUUGUAAAAUCUGUUUGUAAAGUGGUUAAUGUCUACGCCUGGAAAAAACGCGUCGGCGGAGUUCGAUGACAAGAUCGAAACCGAAAGUGACGUAAAUGUAUUGUGCAAAAUAGACAGUGAGUACAGCGCAGACGCCGUGGAAUGGUGUCCAAUCGAUGGUUUUACAAAUACUCUGGUUUGCGGUACGUACCAGUUACAAGAUCCUGAAAAUAAAGUUAAUAAAGAAGAAGAGAUUGAUACGCCGGAAGAAAAUCUUGAAUUUCAGAAAGCUGCAAAAACAAGAAAGGGAAGGUUAUUGGGUUAUAGGUUGACUGAGGAUAAUGACGCUGCUGAUUCAGCUCAACACCAAGAUGACAGUAUUUUGAAUGAAGUCUACAGAGAAGAGUGUGAUGCCAUUUUGGAUUUGAAAUGGUGUCAUAAUGUUCUGGAUGGUACACCAGUUCUCGCUGUGGUGACUGCAAGUGCUGACAUUGUCCUUUAUAAACUUAAGGAUGAGAUAGAACAAAGUGAUAGAUUUAAAAUAGGAGAAAACAGACUUGCCUUAUCCUUGGAUUGGUCAACUGGUAAAUACAGCAGUGGCAAUCCUAACAUAGUAGUAAGUGAUUCAGCUGGUGAAGUGACACUAUGUAACUACACUGACUCAGGUGUUACAUCUAUAUUGCAAUGGUCAGCUCAUCAAUAUGAAGCAUGGAUAGCGGCAUUUGAUUAUUGGCAGCCAUGCGUAGUGUAUUCAGGUGGUGACGAUUGUAAACUAAAAUGUUGGGAUACAAGAACAGCAUGUGAUGCAGCUGUUCUAGUCAGUAAAAGGCAUGAAAUGGGAGUAUGCAGUAUCCAUAGCAACAGAUGCAGGGAGAAUAUCUUAUCAACAGGAAGCUAUGAUGAACACAUACUGUUAUGGGAUACCCGUCAAAUGAGACAUCCAAUGUCAAGUACACUUAUUGGGGGUGGUGUAUGGAGAUUAAAAUGGCACCCAGUGAAUGGAGUCUGGUUAUUGGCUGCAUGUAUGCAUAAUGGUUAUCACAUACUGGAUUGUAAUGAUGAUUCCAACGUAUCAAUAAUGAAGUCCUACCAUGGUCACAACUCAUUAGCAUAUGGCGUUGACUGGUAUCAAAAAGUCGGCUCAUCAUCGUAUCCCAAUAAUAUUGUAUCAUCUUGCUCAUUUUAUGAUCAUUCACUCCAAGUAUGGGGAUGGAAUUAA